AGGGUGUUGUCGUGGGAACAGUGUAGGGAGACGGGCGUGGUACUUCUUGGCUUUCUGACGCUGGCAGUGUCAGUGGGGAUCCCGUCCAACAAGAUGCUGCAGGAGGAUGGUGUGGUGUCCAACAGUCUGGAGGACGAGCUGGAGGUAACCACGUAUUGGUGGGGGGAGUGGGCUAAGUGGACAGCCUGCACUCGUGCCUGUGGAGGGGGAGUGAUGUCACAGGAGAGACACUGCCUCAAACAGAGAAAGAAAGUUGCUGCUGGGAAAGACAACAUGACCUGUACAGGAACCGCAAAGAAAUAUCAACUCUGCAACACAGAUGAAUGUCCUGUCACUGGGAGGAGCUUCAGAGAGGAGCAGUGCUGGUCCUUCAACUCGCAGCUUUACAAUGGGAAAAACUACCAAUGGAAACCCCUGUAUCCUGACGACUACGUUCACAUCUCCAGUAACCCCUGUGACCUGCACUGCACCACGGCCGACGGCCAGAGGCAGCUGAUGGAGACGGCACGAGACGGCACGUCCUGCAAGUACAGCAGUUACCGCGGCGUCUGCGUGGACGGUAAGUGUGAGCCAAUCGGAUGUGACGGAGUACUGUUCUCCUCCAAGACCUUGGAUAAGUGUGGUGUCUGUCAAGGGGACGGCAGCAGCUGCAGCAGAGUCAACGGAAACUUCCGCCGUGGGGCCACGACUCUCGGUUACUCGUUUAUCACUCAAAUCCCUGAAGGAUCCUGGGACAUCCAGAUAAUUGAAAGGAAGAAGUCGGUCGAUGUUCUCGCUGUGACUGACCAGGCCGGUAACUUCUUCUUUAAUGGAGCCUACAAGGUAGACAGUCCCCAGAACUUCCAUGCAGCAGGCGCCGUCUUUAAAUACCGCCGGCCUAUGGAUGUGUAUGAAACCGGAAUCGAAUACAUCGUUGCCAAAGGCCCCAUCGACCAGGCCAUCAAUAUUCUGGUAUGGAAUCAGAAUGGCCGCACACCGUACAUCACAUACGAAUACACCGUCCUCCGAAACUCCCUGCCCCCCGUCCCGCCUCCUCCCGUCUACACCGGAUCAGACACUUCCGCCGGAGAGGUUUCUGUGGAGACGGGGGGUCUGCUGUCCCCUAACACCAGUAAUUAUGACCAAGCGGCCCCUGAAAGCCAAUUGGAGCCAGGAGGUGACGACGGGCAGAAGGGCCAAGAGACCAACGAGGUGUAUGAGGAGACAGCAUCCAUUGACUGCGACCAGGAUGGAGCAGCUGGCCCAAAACUGACAGAAGGAAACAGCAGUCACACAGGUGGCACUGCCAAACCUGCACCUGCUGGUGGGCCCUUGGACACGGGGACAGACUCCCCAAACCUCAUCUGGAGGGUGCUGCUGGACGGCCGGAUAGGCCCCGAUGAGCUACUCAUCAACAUCUCAACCAAUCAGCUGCUGACGGAGGGAGACAGUUUGUUCUCGUCAGAGAUGGGACCUGCGGAGGAGGACCUGAUAAGCCUGGAGCAUGAUGGCCCGUUUGGUGUCAACGAGACACUGGAGUUUACUCUGGGUCGCAAACGCAAUGAGAGCGUAGACAGUUCCUUCCAGAACAAAACAGUGCAGAGUAAUGGGAAGACCUCCAGCCGCUCCAACAGAACGAGGUAA